AUGGAUCCGCACCCUGAAGAAGAGGAGAUUGACGUUUUUCGCAAUGUUGGACAAGGCCUCGUUGGCCCGUACCGUGAAAUAACAAUUCAGUACUGGCAAGAGCUUAUCAAUGAAAUCGAGAUGACCAAUGAGCCAGGGAGUCCACAUCAAGAUGACUUUAAAUCGCAUUCGCUUCCCCUGGCAAGGAUUAAAAAGGUCAUGAAAACAGACGAGGACGUGAGGAUGAUUAGCGCAGAAGCCCCAAUUCUCUUCGCUAAGGCUUGCGAAAUAUUCAUCACGGAACUAACUAUGCGUGCCUGGUGCAUUGCUGAAGAGCACAAAAGGCGCACUUUGCAAAAGAGCGAUAUCGCCCAAGCCUUACUCAAGAGUGAUAUGUUUGAUUUUUUAAUCGAUAUAGUUCCUCGGAACAUAGAGUGA